AUGAUGGCGGCGCAGAUGAAGGCGUUUCUGGACGCGACGGGCGGGCUGUGGCGGGACCAGGCGCUGGCGGGGAAGCCCGCGGGCGUGUUCGUCGCCACGGGUACGCAGGGCGGAGGGCAGGAGACCACCGCGCUCACCGCCGUCACGCAGCUCGCGCACCACGGCAUGCUCUUCGUGCCCCUCGGUUACACCUUCGGCGCCGGCAUGCCUGGCGUUGACGAGGUCAGCGGUGGUAGCCCCUACGGAGCGGGCACCUUCGCCGGCGCCGAUGGAAGCAGGAAGCCCACUGAAGCGGAGCUCGCCAUCGCCAGACACCAGGGCACCUACUUCGCCGGCAUCGCCAAGAAGCUCAAGGCUGGAGCCGCGGCCCUCGCUGCCGAAGCCUCCUCAGCCUAA